AUCUAAUAACGUCUGGCACUUCCACUCAUUUUACCUUCUCCUCAUCAUGAAGUUGCAUGCUCUUGUCGCUCUUUUGGCUGCCCUAUCAACAACAGCUCAUGCCCAUAGCCAACCUGAACUCAAACGACAUGCUAAUCUCAAACGACAAACUACCUCUUCGUCCUCAGCAUCUUCUUCUGCAGUGUCUUCUGCAUCAUCGGCAGCUUCAGCAACAGUGACGACGUCCGUGACAGGCUCCUCGUCAAGUACAGGCACGGCAGUCGUCUCAUCUGUCUCAACAGCCGCCUCCGCAGCCAAUAGCGGUGUUGCAGCUACGAUCCUCAUAGAGUCUGCCACUAUCUCUGGUGUGCCCGCCCUGACUGCAAUCACGUCUGGAAUGUCGUCGGGCUCCACCUUCGCUGCUACGACGACUUGGGCGACAACGGCAUCUCCCCCAGUCUCAGGUGCCCCCUCUCUUCCAACACCAUUUGUUUACAGUGAAGGUGUAUGGCCAACGCAGGACAAGACUCCUCCUACCGAUACCGACGAAGUCCAGUCAUGGCUGGCGGAACUCGAUGGCUGGGACAUCCCCGAUCUUGAACCCACCACCGACGGCACCUGCGCAAGCGAUCCCACGUUCUCUGCAGAUGCGGCCAGCCGUGGCUGGUGGACUUGUGGCGCCCAUACCAGGGACACUGACAUCAUCAACUGUCCCGACAAGCUCACAUGGGGUGUUAGUUUCGAUGACGGUCCCGGUCCUUACACCCAGAAACUCCUCAACUAUCUUGAAAGCGUGGACAUUUCCGCAACCUUCUUUGUUGUGGGAUCCCGUGUCAUUGAACGUCCUGCGGUCCUCGUCGAAGAGUAUAUGAGUGGUCAUGAAAUUUCGGUUCAUACCUGGGCUCAUCCGCACUUGACUACAUUAACUAAUGAACAAAUCGUUGCUGAACUCGGCUGGACCCGCAAAGCUAUCAAGGAAGUCAUUGGUGUUACCCCCACGACCAUGCGUCCGCCAUACGGUGACAUUGACGACCGUGUCCGUGCCAUCUCCCUAGCAAUGGGUCUGAUUCCCAUCAUCUGGACAACUGCAGGCACCCUAGGAUCUUUUGACACCUUUGAUUGGGAGGUCGCUGCUGGAACAAAGACGGGCCCAGAGUGUGUGCAAGAAUUCGACAACAUUCUUGGAAACGCAUCUGACAUUGAUACUGGGAUCAUUGUUCUUGAGCAUGACUUGUAUGAGGUCACCGUCGAUUUGGCUAUCGGCUACAACCUAGAGACGGCACAAAACUACAACCCUGCAUUCACCUUGAAACCCAUCGGUGAAUGUUACGGCAUACCCACAACGGAUCUAUACCGGGAAUCAAAUACCAAUACCUCUUUCCCGUAUACUAACACGACUACUGACGUUAAUGGAGAUGGUACGGCCGAUAACACCACCACCACCACAAGCUCUGGCACGAGUACUAGAAGCUCGAGCGGUGUGCUCACCAUCAAUGUUGCGUCAAUAUACACCACCUUCUCUCUCGUAGGCCUCAUGGCCUUUGCGAGUACUUUACUUUAGUUAAAUUUCUUGACCAUCCGUGCGCGGAGCUAUAUGCCGGACAUUGCCCUACUUAUACGUUUAUCUCCCCUUUAAAUCGAUAUUCUAUAUUGG